UCCAAUUGACUUCCAAUCGACCCAAUCAUCAUCAUGUAGAAUAAAUAAACAACCCCAAACUUUUCAUAUAUUUUUUUCGCUGACAAAAAGGUGUGAAUUAUCUCAGUAUAUUGUCAUAGCUGAGCACUGACCAUUGUAGCGCGAAAUGAACUCCUCUCAACGGCACUUUUUCGCAAGAUUUUACCGUUCGCUAAAUAUUGGGAAUUCUAAUAAACUUAUUUAUAUAAAGUCGGUAGCGCGAAGCCACAGAUUCUCACAGUCCAAACUCGACCACCAUGACUACCGGUGACAAGUUGGUGAUCGUGAUUGUUUUUUCGCUGGUUUUGGCAGCAGCUCAAAGGAGCGUCUACCUGAAUGGAGUUCGCGAGGUGAUUGGAGGUUGGAGUAGGCCGUCGACUGCCCUAGCGGAUCCGGGCAUUGAACGGGAGACCUGCGAUGGUACGAACAAGCUGACCGUCUGCAACAACUGUACCCACAUUACGGUUUGCGUGGGCAGUCGAACCCCGCGGCAGUGUCCGGGAACGCAUCCGUACUGUAACUCGUUGGAGGGAGGAGAUGGAUGCUUGGCGGUUCCGGAUACGAAUUUCAAUGAUUGCGCCUUGUCACAGGUUGGACUUCGCUGUACUUCGGUUGGGGUGUUUCCGGACCCGUGGAGGUGCGAUCGGUAUCAUCACUGUAUGACGGACUCUGGGACGUCCGAUGUUUACACCUGUCCGCAGGGGUACGUGUUCAACCUGGAUACGGCGCACUGUGUUCAGAGGGUUAAUGGCAGUUGUUCGACGGUGGUGUGUAGUAGAAAGAGUGUAUUGAUUCCGUACGGGGAUAGCAAGCAGUUCUACGCGUACUGUGACUAUACCGCAGAUCGGAACAAUCCGACGAUCUUGAUGUUCAAGUGUCCCAUAGGAGCGCUGUUCAAUGGAGUCAACUGUGAAUUCCAGUGUCCCAGUGAGGGAAAGUUCCCUAAUAGUAGUAAUCCUACUCUGUACUACGAGUGUUACCGGGUGGGCAAGAACCGCCGACUUGCAAGUCGACUGAUCAAGUGUAGUAACGGAAGUUGGUUCAAUGGUAAGACGUUACGCUGUGAAUCCGGAGUUACAGAAGCUAACACAACUAUUGAGAUUCAAGGAUCAUAG